CAAUUAUUGGAAAUUAUAAUAUCGACUGAAGGUCAUUGCGAACAGUGCCCACGAUUAACGCUCGUGCUGGUGGGCUUGUGGGUAAUGUUAUGAAACUCUAUUCUGGAAAUAUCUUGCGUUUUUGUGGCUAAUCUUCCCUAAGUCUAAAACAUUCUAUUUGGAACUAUCAGAUACUUGUUGCUCCACCAUCCGUUGGAUGGGCUAAUGUUCGAUGAGACUGCUGUGCACGUUAUUGGAGGAGGCAUCGGAGGAACAGUUGGAGCAGUUUUAACUUGUCCGUUAGAAGUUGUCAAAGUUCGCCUACAAUCUUCAAAGGGAAUUGUACUUUCUUCAUCUUCCUUCAGGCCUAACGUCAUCCCAGAUUAUAAUCGCAGUCACCGUUUUUCGCGCAUACGAUGCAUGUUGUAUGGUUUAAAACAAGUUGAUCCUAAACAUGUUCAAAAAUCCAGUCCCAGUCACAAGUCAGUGAUUUCUUCAUGUAUUAGUUCAUCAAAACCCUCAGUUCUCAACAUUCCGACUACAUCUUCCGAUUUCUCAAACGUCAAACCUCAUGGACUUCGGCGAUCUCUUAUUCUUCGCUCGUUAAUUGACAUUUUUCGUUAUGAAGGACCCACAGCUCUCUUUAAAGGUCUAGUUCCUACUCUUGUUGGAGUGAUGCCAACACGAGGUAUAUACUUUUGUGCAUAUCAUAAUGGACAGUUAUUCUUUGAAAAAUAUUUCCAGCCUGGUUCUUCAUUUGUUUAUUUAUGCGCUGCUGGAAUUGCAAGCAUAACCGCUUCUUCCUUAACCAAUCCUAUUUGGUUUGUAAAAACAAGGCUUCAAUUAGAUUCACGGCCAGGUCAUACACCUAUUACUGUUUCACAAGUUAUACGUAACACUUGGAAGCAAGAUGGAUUACGUGGCUUCUACCGAGGUGUAAGUGCAUCGUAUUUUGGUUCUCUAGAAACAGCUUUAAACUUCGUUGUAUAUGAAAAUUUUAAAUCAGAACUGCUUUGGAGAGAGCAUAAACGUAAACGUCAAUUAACUCUUAAUAGUUCUGUUCCAAUAUCGGAACAAUCUGUUUACAGUAGUAAUAAUGAUUAUCUGCCUCAAAAAGCAUCGGAUUUUCGUGGUUCAAGUGGCGGAAGUAAAUUAUCUGCUUCAAAAGAUAUGAUUCUGUGUAUGAUUGCUAGUGCUUGUUCUAAAGCAAUCGCUAUUACUGCUCUAUAUCCUCACGGUCACCAAAUAUUGUUGUAACAACCAUGAUUGGCUCAAUCAAUAGUUUAACAGUGGCAAAUAUAGAAACUUCCACAAUCUAGUCCAUGUUUGUAAAUUUCGAGACAUUGUGAAUAGUUGACCUAGACCUAUUUCACAAGGCCAAUUUUAGUCAUGUGAUGGGUUUGGAAAAAUUAAGACGAUCGUCUAUUGAAAUAUAAAAGAAAUUUAUGUUAUGUAACAACAUCGUGGAAACAAUCAAUAUAGAAUAUAAUUGAGAAAAAAUGUACAUUAAAUAAAAUUUAGUGAGUUUUCUGUCGUUUUUGUCACAUAGUUUUGAAGCAUUUUGCUCCAGUGUACUUUGAAUAUGAAGAAUAAUUAAUCCAUUUUAUUUUCAUAUGAAGCUAAAAUUAGGUUUAUAUGUAAGAUUACUGUUAAUGAGUUUGAUACAGAAAAACAAACAGUUUGUUUUAUUUUGAUAGUAUACUAUCCUACAAAUCUGGAAAUCGUAAAAAAUUUUGUCUAUAUAAUUUUCCAUCUUUAUUACUAAAUAGAAGUAGCUCGAACUCGUUUACGUGAAGAAACUGGACAAUAUCGAGGAUUUUUUCGUACACUUCAUUUAGUUGGCAAAGAGGAAGGUAUAAGUGGACUUUAUCGUGGUAUGGCAACUCAUUAUAUUCGUCAAGUACCUAAUUCUUGUAUUAUGAUUGGAACUUAUGAAUUCGUUGUCUUUCUGCUACAAUCUUGGGAUUUAACUAAAGACACCAAGGUAUAGUAGUGUAUUGCCUUUAUUCUUCUACUGAUUAAAAUAUUAUAUUCUUCCACUUUUCUCCAUUUGUACAGAAAAAUCAUUAUUAGAAUGAAAAAUAAAUGUGUAUAAUUUCAUUUAAUUUGUUUUUACUCCUUAUAAUCGUGUUACUUCCUAUUAAAAACAAAAUAACAGAACUUAUAGUUUAAAGAAGAAUAUAAGCGAUAGACAGAGUUAUUCAGGACUUUUCUUCCAUUUAAGUUUACUUCUUAUUUAAUUUAUUAUUAUUACUAUUAUUAUUUGUAUACUGUAUUGUGUCAAAUUGUGAUAGUCAGUUGUGACGAUUGAUUCUCGAUGGGCGAGUAUUUCAUUUCUUUUGUACUUGUUUGUUUAUCUACUCCCUCGCCUUUCAUUGCUUCUUUUUAUCACUUGAUUCCACUGCUAAACGUCAUAUAUACAUUGAAGAGUACUUUUUUAAAAUGUACACAAUAUGCAUUAAUACACCGGCAAAAAAGGUAAACAUACUGAGGCGUGUAGAUGUUGUGUUGUAAAUUUUUAUCUCUAUCAUCACCACUUCCUUCGUCCCUUUUGUCUCUCUUACCCCCAAGAUUAUCAUCAUUUAUCUCUUAGUUGUGUUAUUAAUCAUCUAUUUUGUUUCAGUUUAUGGUAUUGUAUACUACUGAUUAUUAUUAUUAGUAUCUUCCCUUCUUUUUCCCCUGAUUAUUGUAUACAUGCAUUUUCAUUAAGUUUUGUAAUAAAGUUUGAUCAGGAAAAUAAUCAUUAUAGAUGACAAUCGUUGUCUCCUUUUUCGGUAUUGAAUAUAGUGCUGUAAAACUAAAAAAGAAGCAGAUCUGUGGUCCAAUGCAAAGUACAAACCAAAUGUUGAUAGACGAU